UCUAAACUUAACCUGACUACCUAUUCUUGUGGCAAUAUGAAAUAAUUGUAACAGUUAAGUGUAAAAUAGUAAGAAACAUACUUGAAACUAUAAAAAUAAGUACGAUGUGUCUGAAGUUCGUAGUUGUUGGACUUCUAUUUUUGUGUGGUACCACUAGUUUGGGAAUCCAAGUAGUGGAUAUGAAUCAUGAAUCAUCCAAUGUUAAAUCACAUACUCCAGAUCCUCCUCCUAAAAAUGAGACAGCUCGAAUGGCUCGUUACAUUGUACAUUAUUCUGAUUGGUGUGCGUUGGCUCACAUUUCUCAUCACUCCAACACCUCAGGUUUUCCCGUGGCAAGGGUUUAUUCCACCGCAGAUGGAUUCUACGACACGACUACAGGCAUGCCUUACUUUUAUGUCAGCAAGAUGGAUGCUCACAUCAAUGACUUAGAUACGGAUAGCAAGUGUUCGGUGACCAUGUCUCUAGCUGAGGGGAAUUAUUGUCGUAAGGAAAGUCUUGACCCUGAAGAUCCUCGCUGUGCUCAAGUUAUUCUCACUGGCAAGUUUAUCUUUCUCGAUCCUAGCAGUAAAGAGUGGCAAUUAGCCAAAGCCUACCUUUUUCAACGUCACCCAGUCAUGAGCUCUUGGCCAGAAGAACACCACUGGCAAGUUGGGAAAUUGAAGAUUGGCCAAAUCCAAGUAGCAGACAACUUUGGGGGUAGCGCCUACCCGUCCGUCAAGGACUACUUUGAUGCUCUACCAUAACUCAGUAAAAAUAUUGAAUUAGGUUUUAUAUGCAAUAGUAUAUUAUUCUCACAGUGUGAUCAUAGUACUUAAAAACAUUAUGGUUAUGGAAAAUUGGCGCUCCCGCCAAGGAUAAAUUUCAUUCUGUAAUUUAUUUUUUUUGUGGUCUCAGUUAACAACCACUGUAUAAAACCAAUAAUAUUUGAUUUAUUUGAAUUUAGCUGUAUUAGAAGUAUUUGGAUGUAGAAAAUGUGCUCAAGAGGGUUCGCAGGUGGUAUUAAAUGUUUGUACGAUCAUUUUCAUGGCGUAGGCUGAUAACUGUUGUUAAUUUGACCAAGGUAGGGCAAUUUUGCGUCCGAAUAAUUUUGUGACUGGACAAGAAAGAUUAUCCAACUAAUAAGGACUUUUUAAUUGUAUGAUCUGCAAGCAAAGUUCCUCCAAUUCAAUCUCUGUCACGAUGGAAUCUGAUGAACACCCGCUGCUGACAGAUAUGUACCAAAGUAUUGUGCAAGUAUCUACUUAGGCUUCUACGCACUUUCGUUAAAAUCACUUUUAACUUAAAAUCCUUACUACUACUGGCUCUUCUCAUUGUUUUAAACAAACAAAAUAUAUAUAUAAAACAACUGUAAAUAAAAUACCCCCGCCGCAGCAAACCUGCAGACUAAGUGAAUUUCCAUUUGCGUGAAUUGAUUUGAAAUUAAAUCUAUAAAUACCUUUACCUUUACCGGUUAUUCAUCGUUGCCCAGCCAUAGCUGGAUAGAUUGCGUUAAAUGAAAAAAUUAAAACUUUGUCUAUAUACACUAUUUAGAAGGCGGUGGAUCAUGAUGUCCAAACUGAGUCAGGGGUUUCAAAAAAUUCCCUGAUGGAGUAAAGGGGCCUGGUCUUCAACUCCCUAGACAUGUGCGCUACGAACGCUUUCACUGGCAGGCCUCUGAUCUCAACACUGAGACUAUUAUACAGCUUUAUGGCUAUAGUGGGGAAACUGUUUGCAGUCUUACUGAGCCGAUGGGAUGGAAGGUCAAAAUUCCAUGGAAACAACAAUGAACGGUGACGUUCCGGAACGUUCCUAGCUCCUGGCGCCGUGGCCCCACUGAAAUCCGUAGCAGCGAACGUGUUAUUGAACACGGCUUUGGUCUCAGAUUUAAAGUUGCUCGAUGCAAACUUUAAAACAGACAGCUCUUCUAUAUUUUUAUACAUAUCAGUUAAAGAUACAUUUUACAUGAUUUGUGGUACUUUUAAAAAUCUGACUAUAAAUUUGAACAGUUUUAUUUUAUUUUUUUAAGUAAGUUGAUAUCUAGCCUACAUAAAAUAUAUUGUGGAAUUUUUGGUAGUUAUAAGGUCAAAUAAAAAAAGUGUAUUACAUUAAUUAAGUAAACAGCUAUUGUUAAAGGUUGACUUUGAUUUAAAUAAUAAACCAACACUAGUUGUACAGUAAGCGCAAGCAGUCUGGGCGCGCGGUUCUGUCUCUACUAGCCGUCCUGUAUACAGGUAACCCAUUCCCUCCACCUUGCCUAGCCAUGAAGACAGCUGAACAACCCCAGAGCCGUGUGGGCCAGAUGGUUUUGGAAAAGAGCAAUAAACACUCCCCCCUACCCCCGGGGCCCUAGCGUGGCUGCGCGCCCAGACUUAAUGUGACUACUGUAGUUUAUUGCUCAUUGUGAAUUCUAUACAUCUCCUGAGCUACCAAAAAAGCUAACAGUUCACUACAGCCUUAUAUAUUGCAGAGUCCUUUAGUAGCCUACUAUAUUUAUUUAAGUUGUUACAUGUACAAUUACAAAACAUACCCAUCCUUGGUUACUGAAUCUGCAUGGGAUAUAGAGUGAAAGAAGUAGCCUACUGUAGUGCAAUUAUUUAUGUUACUUUGUUAAGAUUGUAUUGUGUUAUAGAUUAUGGGUUGUAGCAUUGCUUCGUUCGGGUAUUUGUUUACAAUACAUAAGUGUUUUGAAUCAGGUUGUCUAAUUUAAAUUUUACAUCCAUGACAUGCACUCUUGGAUUGUAAAGAAAUUAUUCACUAAAACAUGAAAGUACAGUACCUAAUAAAAACAUACAUUAUAACCGAAUUUCUUAUUGUUGCCAAAUUUGUGAAUUUCAUCCAGAAGAGCUUUCUUUGGCUCCUUCAGUUGUGUAUUGUUUUAUGUUCACAUGCUGUAAAUUGUUUGUUUUAUUAGAUCGAAAAGGAUUCUUCAUUUUAUAAUAGUUACCAUGACCUGAUCGAAUAUGUUAAGACUGAAUAUAUUUUAUAUUUAUUAG